CUGACCCGGUUUACUUUGGUCCAACCACAACCACACCGAAGGUUCCAAAAACCAGACCGACAUUCUUUGUUGAGUUGGCACACUGGUCAAUAUCUUACUAGCGUGGCAAUUGGUGAGUAGGUAGCAACAAACUUCUUAUCCACCACAACAAAAGAGAAGAAAAAGAGGGAGGUGGUAAGAAGAAAAAAAGAGGAUUUCUUCAAUGGGUAAACAAGCUUGCACCAAAACCUUAUUACUUAGUGAAUGUCGGGAAUGCGUAAGCACGUGCGUAAAUCCACCGAUUCAACAAUCAUGUUCAAGAACAAUGAUCGAAUUCAAUUUCGAGUGAACUGAUGUACUUACCUGCACCGUCUAGUUGCCAACACAAACGUUUUCACUCACCAAAAAAAUCAGUACAUUUACAUUACCGUAAUAAUCUAAUGACAGAGAGCGUAUUAGUACACAAUCGAACGAUAUCAGCUCGUACAUUCGAUCCUCCUUGUUAGCACAAUAACCCUCUACACCGCGAGCAGCCUCAUUUUGACUAUGAAAGGUGUGUAGGGUUCGUUAGACGGCAGGACUCUGCCGACGAUUCCGCGGAAUCAUUUUUUUGUGGACCAUAUUUUGGUACCAUCUUUCUCUGUACAAGAAUCCAAAAGCUAUGGCGAGGCCCCAGCAGCAAGAGACUGUGAUUAACAGUGCCCAUUUUGUUCUUUUGCUGCAAAAACUAAACAAAUUAGGGGGCAACAGACAGAGACCCUUUUUGGACUUUCUUUCUGUGGGACUGGAACCGACAGAGGAAGUUUGAUUUUUCUAUUGUAGAAUGUGUUAAUUCUGUUCUGGGUUAUUGGGAGAAAGAAUUCCACAUUCGAUUGAUCUAAUACAAAAACAGCAAUUCCCAAAUUCCUAGAAAGGAGAGUUUCUGUUCUGGACUGGUUCACUUCUGCAGCAGUCAGCAGAUUUCUUUCGGGGAGGAAAAAGAGAGGAUCUUUUGACCCCAUUUGAUAAGGGCAGGUACGAGAAAUUGGUAGUUCAUACCAUGGCUUUCAUACCAAGAGAAGAGUAUCAAUGUCAAUUUCUGUCCUAGAGGUGGACAAUUGUGUUAGGGGUAACUCUUGAUGUAUUAUCAUUUAAAUGUUUGAUGUUAUUCAAUAUGGUCAUAGACCAAUAAACUAUGUUACAGAUUAAUUUUUCUGAUACAAAAUCGAUAACAGAUCACUUAUUUUUGCCAUAUAGGCAUCACGUCGAGCAUUUCAAUAUGAAGGUAGUCAUAUGAACGUGGAUUAGACUUUCAUCGACAUUCUAGAAACUAGAGUUCAAUCGGGUAAUGCUUGGAUAAUAUUGAUUGCACACUUCUCUUCUUUAUGCACGUCUUGUCACGAACAAAAGAAUUACGACAUCUGACCUCCACCAUCGACAACAGUGACCACCCCUUCGUUACGGGUGUUCGCGAGAAGCGGUAAAUGGUUGGUCACAUGGUGAGGUUUAUUCCCAUGAACAAGGAUCAAAUCCAUCCUCAAUUUCAUGAUUAUAGGACGAGAAUGUCAACCACCAUACCACACCUUUCUGGUUAUGAUUCUAGCUUAGAAAAAAGUUCAGAAGAUGAAGAUUGUAUGAGACUUAUGAUACAAGACUUCCAAUGGUGUGAUCGGCUGUUCUUCUCUGUUCUGAACAACCACUCAUUGCUUAUGAUCCAGGCCAUAAGCUUUAGAGUCUGACCAGCCUUUCCUCUCUCUUUUUUCCCAUCAAUGAUGAGAGUAUGCUAAUUGUCAAUCAUGUCUGUAACUAAAACACACCAUAAGUUCAACGAGAAAGGAAGCAAUCCCUCUUCUUCAUCUCGAGGACAGCACCAACGACCAGGUAAAACUAAUCAAAUGGGUAAAAAAGCUGUCGAGAGCAAUCAUACUAACAAGUGGGUCAAGUCAAUUAGCUGAGCUAACUUCUCUAUUUUGCUAGCAGUAGUAAUAUGCUGCUGCCCAUCCACUGAAAAAGACCCUCCACUAUUCAAGGAGAUCAGCACGUUCUUGUGCUACUGAUAACUGUUAAAAAGGGGCACUUGAUGACAGAGGGACACACAUAAAAGAGUGAAGGACCCGCCAUCUGCACCAAAGGAAAAAAGGAAAGGGAAAAUAUUCGUGAGCAGAGAAAAGAAAAGUGGCAAAAGGUAAAGGGGGAUGAAGAACAAUCUUCAGCUUCGUUUCUGGUUUUUGUUCUGUUUCCCACAGAUGCUUUGUUGUUUUUGGGCUGGGAAUCCGGUUUCAGUUUUGCUCAAAUUAAUCAUAAAAACGCAUAGCUCAAAUUAUUCAUAAAAUCUUGUUCAAGUUGGAAUGCAAUCUUCAUUUGACCUGUGAUUUUAGCGUAAACUAAACCCGAGUUGUAAUAAAUUAAUAUAUGAAACCAAAAUUCACCUAAUCCAUAUAGUACUCCACACAAUGCCCGACCUCAUUUACGAGGAUCAAAUUAAUUUCGACUCGUGUAAACAAACUGACAAAACCCGAACUAAUUCAGAUUCGAGAACCGUAAUGCAUACCAGGACCGACACAAUUCUUGAUUUUUAAGCCAUUGUGACUUAUUGAACAAUAUUACAAUAAUGAGAAGUGCUCAUGAGAAUGAACAUGAGUUAAUCAGUAAAGACAGUGAUUAAGAAUAUUUACACCAAGGAAGAACCAAAAAUUCUCGAAAGUUUUUUCUCAUUACCAUCGAUCAUACUUUCCACAACAAAAGAUGGAGAAUAAAUGAACAGAUUGCCGUGGUGGUCAGGUACAUAGGGCAUUCAUAAGGUUCAUAUGCCACACAACCACUCCACCUGAUAAUGCAACAAUUGUAAGGUCUUUGUAAAAAAGGCAGCAGAGCCCUUGCAUUCAUCACAACCCACUGACAGAAUGAUACAUUUCUGAUUUCACAAACCAUAAUAACUAUGUAUAUCUUGAGCUGUUUUUUUUUUUACUGACUAGGGGACCAGUUUUCGUCUACCUAUCACUCAUCAUCAUAUCUCUUACAAGCCUGCAACUCAGACAUUUGGAAUUUAUGUAUCAAGGUUGGAUCUGGAUGAGAAAGCACCAAACCUCUCACCUCAUUGAUGGGGUGAAAAACACUUUGCCCUCCUCAGGUGAGAACCGAGCAAGUUGCCUGGAACAUGCACAAAACAGCAUACACUGACAUAAGAUAAGAGAUUAAAUGAGGAAAGAACAUGGAGAUUCGGGCAGAUAAGUAAUGUAGAAACCCUCCUUCCACUAUGCUGCCUACACACAUUCUGAUGUAUCAAUAUGGCAGGCAAGUAUAGAUGAGAACUGCCUAAUCCAUUUCCCAACUAAUGGCAAACCAGCUCAUGUGCACUGCAUGAUAUUCAUGUUCUUGAGCACAAUGCAGGACUGAAAGAAGCAUGAGCUUCUCUGGAAUAACGUGAUAUAAUAUAGCAGCUUACACUUUCAUCCGCUGGAGGUGCUAAUUAACCAAACCUCCUAGU